AUGGGACACUCAAACCUAACAGGGCCGCCUGACUUCAUUCUGCUGGGACUCACAAGGCUGCCGGAGCUACAGCUUCCCCUGUUUGGGAUCUUCCUCUCCAUCUACACAGUCACAGUGGUGGGCAACCUGGGCAUGAUCAUUCUGACCAAGCUGGACGCCCGUCUGCACACACCCAUGUAUUUUUUCAUCCGACAUCUGGCUAUCAUUGACCUUGGCAAUUCCACUGUCAUUUGUCCCAAGAUGCUGGUGAAUUUUGUUGUGGAUCAUAAUACCAUUUCCUAUUAUGCCUAUGCCCUGCAGAUGGCCUUCUUCAUCAUGUUCAUUGUCAGUGAACUGUCCAUUUUGUCAGCCAUGGCCUACGACCGCUACGUGGCCAUCUGCCACCCUCUGCUCUACGGCGCCAUCAUGUCCCAGACACGCUGCCAGGCGCUGGUGGGCAUUCCCUACCUGUACAGUAGCUUUCAGGCUCUACUGUUCCCUAUCAAGUAUUUCACAUCGACCUUCUGUGGCUCUAACAUCAUCAGUCACUUCUACUGUGAUGUUGUCCCCUUGUCACCUCUGAUCUGCUCACAGGCACAAGAAACAGAGCUGUUGACCAUGCUGUUCUCAGCAUUCAAUUUGAUCUCCUCCCUCCUCAUUGUUCUUCUGUCCUAUGUGCUGAUCCUCUCAGCAAUUUGUCGGAUGAAAUCUGCAAAGGGAAGGAGGAAAGCUUUCUCCACCUGUGCUUCCCACCUGACGGUGGUGGUGGUCUUCUACGGGACUCUGCUGUUCAUGUACGUGCAGCCCAAAUCUGCUAAUUCCUUGGAAACCAAUAAACUGGCCUCUGUCUUUUACACGUUAGUGAUCCCCAUGCUAAACCCUUUAAUCUACAGCUUUCGGAACAAAGAGGUAAAAAAUGCUUUCCAUAGGGUUUUUAAGCAGCGAUGCAAGCUUUGUGUUUAG